GGGAUGUUUACCGAGGCCCAGGCCCUGCAGUUUAUGAGCCAUAACAUCUUCGCCCAUGUCGACACCAACCAUGACCACUCCCUCAGUUUCGACGAGAUCCGCGCCGGACUGACCCUCGGGAACCUGUUCAACUUCUAUGACAGAGAUGGUGACGGUUUCCUGACGGGCACUGAGCAAGACCAGUUCCAAGCCAUCUGGAACUCUGUCCACGGGCACGGAGGCGGCAACAAGAAGAGGCAGGCAGCCGCCAUCGACGCCGACGGGGACGGACUGAUCUCCCUGCCUGAGGUGCACGCCGUCAUGACUCUGCAGAAUGCACUCGCCGCCCUGGAUGCGGACGGCGAUCACGGCUUUACGGAGCAGGAGACCACCGACUUCUUCGGGGACGCCUCCCUCUACGCGCAGUGGAACACCAACGGGGACGAUCAUCUCAGCUUCGGAGAGGUGCAUCAUGGGAUCACCCUGGACGGCAUGUUUGCCUGGUUCGACACCAACGGGGACGGGUUCCUUGAGGGUCCUGAGGCGGAUAAGGUUGUGUACGUGUACGACCUUAUGGUGGCGGCUGGGAUUCAUCACGGAAACUUCCGCAACGUUCGCGUCAUGGACACCAACGGAGACGGCCAUCUCGCCAAGACCGAGGUCCUGAACGCCCUGACUCUGGACGAGGUCCUCGUCGCCAUGGACGCAAACGGUGACAUGCAGUUCACCGUUGACGAUGCCAUGCAGUUCAUCGAUCAUCAUUACUUCAACACCCUCGACAGGAACCAUGACCACGUGAUAACCUUCGACGAAAUCCGUGCCGGCACUUCCCUGGGGGAGCUGUUUGACUUCUACGAUGAAAACGGAGAUGGUUUCCUGUACGGUACGGAGGCAGACCUCAUGAUCUACAUGUACAAUGAGGUGCAGAACAACGCCAAUGCCUCGGCUUAGAUAAAACCAACAGCAGCAAUUCUAGC